GUCUCUGCUCAUACGUUGUGGAGGAGCCUCACGGGAUUCACACAAGCGAGACUCUGUGCCCGUCUUACAACAGGCCUUUUCUCUGCCCACACGACUCAAAGAAGCAGGAUGCGUUGGGUGUGUGCGUUGGGUGUCUUGUCGGCCCUGCUGCACCUGUCUUCCCCCCUGCUGCUGGGAGCCUUCAACAUCAAGUCAUUUGGGGACAAGAAAACCUCCAACGCAACUCUCAUGGACAUCAUCAGCACGAUUGUCCAUCGCUAUGACAUCAUUCUGAUCCAGGAGGUCAGAGACAUCGAUCUGUCGGCGACCAAAAAACUCAUGGAGCAUGUCAACAAAGGUUCUCCUCAGUUCAGGUACAGCCACAUCGUCAGCGAGCCUCUGGGCCGCAACUCCUACAAGGAGAGAUAUCUCUUCCUCUACAGGGAGCAAACAGUGUCCGUGGCUAAAAACUACACCUAUGACGACGGCUGCGAGCCGUGCGGGACGGACACUUUCAGCCGAGAGCCCUUCGUCGUCAUGUUCACCUCCAAGAAAACCGCUGUGAGGAACUUUGUUCUGAUCCCCCAGCACACCUCUCCAGACUCCGCCGUGAAGGAAGCCGAUGCCCUCUAUGACGUGGUGACCGAUGUUCGCGCCCGCUGGAAAGCCAAUGACAUCGUGCUGCUAGGCGACUUCAACACAGGCUGCAAUUACGUAUCGGGCUCCGACUGGCAGCAGAUCCGCCUCUUCACGGACAAGAGUUUCCACUGGCUGAUCACCGACGAGGCCGACACGACGGUGUCACAGACUAACUGCCCUUUUGACAGGAUUGUGGUCACAGCUGACAUGAUGAAGGGAGUGGUGCCCGCCAGUGCUGAGAUCUACAACUACAUGGUGGACUUGAAUCUCAGCCACAGUCUGGCAUUGGCUGUCAGCGACCAUUUCCCUGUGGAGGUGCAGCUGAUUGGCCAGGAUGCUGCUGCUGCCUGAAUCUUCACUCCCACAAGUGUUCAGGCUGAACUGGAAUCAUGAGAGAUCUGUGGGGGCUACCCUCUAAAAUCCCGCAGCAUUACAUUCACAAGACUAAAAUAAAAUAAUUUCUGCUAUUCUAUUAUU